AUGAAGUUCUCCCUGAGUCUGGGGUCUCGGGCGUGGAGAGUGUCUUGGGAGAGCGCAGUGGCGGCUGCGGCGGCAGCGGUGGGCCCGGCGGCGGGAGGCAGCAAGAUCGGUAGCCGGGUACAGCGCGUUUCCAGUCGGCCCGAUAGCCGCGGCUCUCGGCUGGCGCUCGCCUUCCCUCUAUGCCUCUCCCCUGGCAGCCGGCGCCCGAGCUCUCCGGGACCGCUCCGGGCCCAGGCGCUGCCGUCCCGCUUCACGCAGCUGGCUGGCCUGCGCACAAUGGAGCAGACAUACGGCGAGGUGAACCAGCUGGGCGGCGUAUUUGUCAACGGCCGCCCCCUGCCCAACGCCAUCCGCUUGCGCAUCGUGGAGCUGGCGCAGCUGGGUAUCCGACCUUGUGACAUCAGCCGGCAACUUCGGGUAUCCCACGGCUGCGUGAGCAAGAUCCUGGCGCGCUACAACGAGACAGGUUCCAUCCUGCCAGGGGCCAUCGGAGGUAGCAAACCCCGCGUCACCACCCCCAACGUGGUCAAACAUAUUCGGGACUACAAGCAGGGUGACCCUGGCAUCUUUGCCUGGGAGAUUCGCGACCGGCUGCUGGCCGACGGCGUCUGCGAUAAAUACAAUGUGCCCUCUGUGAGCUCCAUCAGCCGCAUCCUGCGAAAUAAGAUUGGCAGCUUGGCUCAGCCUGGGCCCUAUGAGACAAGCAAGCAGCCGCAGCCACAGUCGGCGCUGCCCUACAACCACAUCUAUCAGUACCCUUACCCCAGCCCCGUGUCGCCCGCCGGCGCCAAAAUGGGCAGUCACCACGGAGUCCCGGGAACGACAGCAGGUCACGUCAACAUUCCCCGUUCAUGGCCCUCGGCGCACUCGGUCAGCAACAUCCUGGGCAUCCGGACAUUUAUGGAACAAACAGGGGCCUUGGCCGGGAACGAAGGUGCCACCUACUCCCAGAAGAUGGAAGACUGGACUAGUGUGAACCGCACAACCUUUCCCGCCACCCCAGCAGUUAAUGGGCUCCAGAAACCUGCAUUAGAGGCGGACAUUAAGUACACCCAGUCUGGGUCUGGCCUCUCCACAGUGGGCGGCUUCCUUCCCGCCUGCGCCUACCCUGCCUCCAACCAGCAUGGCGUUUACAGCGGGCCGGCGGGGGGCUACCUCGCCUCCCCGUGGCCUCCUGUGCAGGGCCCCCAUUUGGCCCCCUCCGGAGCCGGUGGAGCCGGCGGAGCCGGCGUCACAGUGCUCAGCGGGGAGCUCACAGUGGAGGCAUUGAACUUCAAGCAUCACAACCGAGAAGUGGCUGACCGGAAGCCUCCCAGCCCUGGCAGCAAAGCCCCAGACAGCCUCAGUAGCUUACACGGACUGCCGGUCCCAGCCUCAACCUCCUAG